UUUCAGAUGGAGCUGGUUUACGGGUCGGAAAUCAGCUUCACGGAUGGAUUUGCUAUAAAGCCGGCUAGAACUUUUGUGGUAAACACCAAUGCGCCGCUUCAUUCGAAUGGAUUUGAUGUGCAACCGUCCGCAGGAGUUGCAACAUUUCCGCACUGCUCAAAUUACGGCGAUCGGAUUUUCCUGUGGCGUGCGAUUGGCCAGAAACUGUUCAUUGAGGAGCGUUCUUUGCUCUACUCAAUCACGGAUGGAUCGUUGUGCAUUGACUUCACACGCACACCUAUUAUUCCUGGAACAUCGAUAACAAUUUUCGAGGAAGGGGUUUUAUGUAUUGUCGUUCCCACAGCUUCUGCAAUUCAUCGUUUCUACGCGAGACUCCACUCCAAAGGCCAUGAUACGUUCUCAAUUCUUGCAAGAAUUAAAGAAGAUGACGAUUUCCGCCGAUUCAGAACAUCUCACUCCCUUUCAACACCAGGGCGCCCGAUUCGUGCAAGUGUUACACAUCAUCCUUCAAGAAAUACGAUUUCUUACUGUACCGCUGAAGGGCAGUUGGUCAUUGUCACAUUGGGAUCAUACACGGAAUCCAGUGAUAAACACGAAGAAUUCACAAUGGGAGAAGUUGGUCUUCUGGGAAAACUUCUAGGUGGCACUGAUAAACGAGUCAGUGAUGCAUGUGUUAUGAAGAAUCUUCGCCCGACUUCUGGAGUCACGAGAGAGCGAAAAAUUUCAGUCCAAUCCGAUAUUGUGUUCGCUGUUACCAGAGACGGAUGGGUGCAAGCAUGGAAUGUUGAGACGAAAAAACAAUUGCCAAGCACUAUUGACUUGAAUAACUACUUUGCUUCAGACGGAAAAUCUUUGAAUCGAGAUCUAGAAUCUGCAGACUUCGAGGAAGAAAAGUCUCCAAUGGAACCAACUGAAACUGUAUAUUCUAUCAGAGCUUAUUCAUUCGAUGUGGAUAUUCUUCUGAUUGUUGGAUGUGAUUUGGCAGUUUCGGGAAAAAGCGUCGGGAUGAGAGUUCAUAUUCUCAAAGUUUCAAAUGAUCAAAUUCAACAUCUACAAAUGUUCGAAACAUCGAUGUCCGUUGAUGAACGACUUGUUGAUCUCGAGCUUAUUCAAAACUAUUUCCCAUCAAAGGAAUCGGAAAGUCUUGAUGAGACACAAGAUGGGGAAUUGUAUAAUCCUCUCACAGCUGCACUAUUUUCACUUUCUGCUCUUUUCAAAAGUUCAUCUGCAAAGAAAACCUAUUCGAUGAAACGGAUCUCAUUUGCUAUCCAAUGGAAAAAGGGACGAGUUUUCACAGAUUUCGAUUGGCAUUCCGUUCGUCAGUUCACUUCGCCUGCCACUACCAAAGAAGAACCGAUCGGCAAUACGGAUGAAGUGGAACCUGCAAUUGAGCGCCCAUAUAACCUCUCGGCAGAUUCAAGCAUAGAAACACUGAUUGAUGUGGUUUUUGAUACAGAUAUCUAUCCAUUUGAUAUUGUUUUCCGUGCUGUCCAGAUUGUUUCCGACAAUUUCCGCGGUACACUUGGUCAGGUACGGAACAAUAAUUGGCCUGAACUAUCGAAACUUGUGGACACAUACCUCACAUCAGUUGAAUUCAACCGGAAAUUUCAGCAGAAGACUGAUAGAAGUAUUCGUUUGAGAUUAAAUGCUCCACAAGAAUCGCAGAAAACUGCGCUGAAAGAUUUCUGGUGGGCUCUUCUCCGUGCAUGUGAAGAACUGGAUUUCGCCGCUCGCGGUGCUAUUUCACUCGCUCCAAUUCAAUUUUGCGGAGAUUUGAGAAUAAUGGCAGUUGUUCAUCGCGAUCGAAUGACUUUCCUCGGCGAUAAUAAUACCGAGUUCCUUGAAAUUAUUAGCUCAGAGAACAUCCCGAAACAAGGAAAUGUCGAAGAAAAGUUCAGAAAGUUGCCGAACAAACAUUUCAUUGAUUUGAUUGAAGAAGCAUCAAAGUUUGCUGAUAGACGUGUAUUCUUGAUGAAUCGUGAGAGAGCUAGGCUUACAAAUGCCAAGAACGGAGUCGCCGUGGUCGAGGAUGAUAAUGUCGAAAAUGCAUAUGAUUACGAUUCAGACGGCCGAUUCAUCAACAUUAAAACUGCGCUUGAAGGUCCAAUUGUGAAACUUGCUGCUGCAUUUGUCGAAGCGUCCACAUUUGAUAACUCGAAACCGUUUGAAGACCCACAUCCUCAAAUUUUUGGAGGAUCUUUCACACAAAGUGUUGUAUCGGCCAAUAUUCGAGUUUCUGUAGAGUCACGUGUUCAUUUUGCACUCACACUACAAACAUUGCUCAACGCAAUCACUGAGAAAUUGCAGAAGAAAUCUCGUGCUGGCGCCCCUUCAUUUGGAGAUGUUGAGGCCUUGUCAUGUGAAUUAAGAGAGAUCAUUCGUGUGUAUAGAGAACUCAAUGAACAACUGGACAUCAAGAUUGUGCAAAACGGAGCCAAAAUGAGCAUUGGAACAUGGUUGACAUCGGACGCCGAGGGACUUUCAAUGAUGAAGAAAGAGGGUGGUUACGGACCACAUGGCUAUGAUGAAAUUCGAGAAAAUGACUUCAAUUGGUUCGUUGGCGUGACAACUGAAGCUGCGAUUCGAGCUCUACUUUCAUCAUCUGAAAUUCUUGUUCUACCGCGGCGACUUGUUCUGCAGAAGCAAUAUAAAGUUCUGCUCACGAUACUCAACUCAUACAUCAGUGAAACUCGCGCGUUGAAGCCUGUGAUCACAUUUUAUCGUGGUAUUGCUUAUUCUGGAACAGAUCAUCCUGUUAAAGCACUAAAUUCUUUUCAAUCCUGUCUCGAUGCGUUUUCGGAAGGAAACAAUGCUCUCCGUAAAGCGGUGUACUUCUUGCUUCCAAAACGAUUUGACGUUGCACAAGGAAAAGAUCCAGUUGAAGAAUUGACCGCUUCUGAAUAUUUUUUGACAGUUGUCCGGUUUCUUCAAGAGCAUAAUCAUGCGGAGGAAGUGUGCUCUGUCGCAGUGAAAGCAAUUGAAAAUCUUCCGAUUGAGAAUGAAAGCGUGCAAUUGAUUUCUAAUACUCUGUUCAACCAUUUGACUAAUCGUCGUGAGUGGUUCCAAUCACUCAAGCUUAUUCUCAGGACAACACUGCGAUCUGAAACUCGGAGAGCUUCGAUUCGCGAGCUUCUAUCUCUAAUGCUUGCUUGUGGAGAAUGGGAAGCAAUUGCUACAAUGAAGUUUGGAGAGCAUGAGCAGGUUGUUGAAGACUUUUUGAGAGAUGCUGCAUGUCGUCAAUCACCAAGUGAGAAGAAGCACUAUUUCGAGUUACUCUUUGCGUUUUACGUCGCUAGAAAAGACUUUAGAAAAGGAGCUUGUGCAAUGUACGAAUAUGCACGUCACAUCGAGUCAACAACGUGCAUGACCCCCGAACUUCUCCGCAGAAAACGUGACUGCCUUGCUGUCGUGCUCAACCUGCAAUCAGUUCUUGGAAUGGAGCCAGACGACGAUCGAGCUAUCUACGAUGACGCUACUGACACGAAUUUAGUAUUUCCUGAACCUUCAGAUGACGAGGAUGAGCUGAUCACCGAAUCUGAUUCGUCUGGUGAAAAUGGCAAAUUGCCGAGCGGAAACAAAGAUAGUGGAAGUGGUACUGGCAACAAUUCUUCACCUGAUAAUUCGAAUGGAACCAGCUCGUCAGGAACAGGUGUAGAUUUGGUAGCACUGAAGGCAAGGCAAAUGGCAUAUGCACUUGGAUCGGAUGACAUGGAUACUGAUGAUACAGAAGAUGAUAUGAAGGGAGGAAGUAUUCCAUUGUUCAAACGUAGAAAGUUGCUGGUUCUCAGUGAAAAAGAUAUUCGUGAUGAAUUGGUCUUAUGUUCCGCACGAGUUGGUCUUCUUUCUUCUGAUCAAUUCAAGGGAGUUCCACCGACUGAUCUUAACGAAUUAUUUUCAUUGCUUGUUGAUAAUCAACAUUUUGAUGAAGCAUUCGACAUUGCAAGGCAAUUCAAUCUGGAUUCCCACAGGCUAUUCUUUACCAUGACACGUGAAGCAAUAAUGAUUGAUGCUCUUCGGGAUGACCUCAACAUCGAAAUGGCAGCAACUCAUCAAGCCGGAUGGGUUCGUCUUAACCGCAGGCACUGUGCUGCCGUCGCUACCGCUGAAGAACAUUGGUCGGUGGUUCGUGGGUUGGUUGAUGCGGCUCAAGCAGAAUGGCCUGGAGAUUCUAGACCACUUCGAGGAUCCACUGAAGCGUUUCUUAGUUUUAAGCUGAAUGUUCCUGUCUGGUUGCACAGUGUUUUUGAGAAUAAUGACGCUAACGAUUACCUUAGAUGUCUCGUGGAUUAUGAAAGUUAUUCAAUUGCUCUUCAAGUUCUCAGUGAUAUUGUCGAACAAGAAACUCUACAAGCUUCCCAGUCAAAUGCAAGAACCUGGCUUCCAUACGGAAUCAUUGAUGAAUUGAUGAUCAGGAGUGCCGAUUAUAUCCGGAAAAUGAGUCUAAAAUCUCCAGAAGACCAAGUAGUAGCUGCAGAAGUUGCAAAUUUGAGAAAAAGUGCUGAUCAGAAAAUGUUGAUCUAUUUCCGAAAAGUGGCUGACUUCGAGCAAGCUCAAAAAAUGAGCAGUAGAUUCUUUGAUAAAUAAUUUAUAUUUUCUAUCCCAUUGUAUUUCUUAAAAUUGAUUCCUCUCCACUUUUCAUCUCACAUUUUCAACAGGUGUUUUUUCAAUUAAGGAUUAUCUUUUGUGUUAUAUUCAUUUUCGCUGAUUGUUAUUACUGUUUUAUUCUCAUUCUCAUAUUAUCCGGUUACGACGAGAUGAAUGAAAUUUUCAAUGAAAAUU